CAGCCUCCAACUGCAAUUGCAACUAUCACCCUCAGCACAACCACUACUUCACACACGCGGGAUAACCAUAAGAUGCAACGGAUCGUAAAACCCAAGAAUGCGCGCUCAAAAAGAGCCCUCCAGGCUCGUGAACCGAAGUUAGUCGAGGAUCCGAAGGUCUCGAUCUUUGUCAAAUCAACUCAAACCUCAGAAAAGGUCAGGAUUGCCCUCAGCGAACUCCAUCAACUGAGAUCCUCGGCACACUCGAUCCAAUUCGCCAAGCGAAAUCUUAUCCAUCCGUUUGAGGAUUCGAGCAGUCUACAGUUCUGGUCGGUCAAGAACGAUGCAAGCUUAUUCUUAAUCGGUAGCGAUAGCAAGAAACGACCGGACAACUUGACGUUCGUGAGGAUGUUCGACCACGAAGUCCUAGAUAUGGUCGAAGUCGGAAUCGAAGGAGCAGUCUCCUUAGCUGAUAUCAAGGGACCCAAGACUUCUCCCGGCCUCAUCCCACUCUUUCACUUUGUCGGUACCUUGUGGGAUUCAAACGAAAGAUACAAGCAGUUCAAGUCAAUCUUACUAGACUUCUUCAGGGGACAAGAGAUCCAUUCUAUCGACCUUGUCCACGGUCUACAGUAUGUGAUUUCUGUCAGCGUCGGCGAAAUUGACCAACCGGGAACUACUACCUCACUUCUCAACCUCGACCCAUCCGCACUUCCAACUCCUUCUGAUGAAACUCCUAAUCAAACCGACAAGCCCAAAACCCCAAAGCCCGUUUCACUCGUGGACUCAUCACAAACCAAUCUAUCUGAAAAUCUCCAAGGGCUCCCUCUAGUUCACUUCAGAACCUACCUCGUCCAGCUUCUCAAAUCCGGCCAGCGUGAACCCCGAGUCGAGCUCCUACCUCAUGGCCCUUCGUUUGACUUCAGACUUCGAAGAGCCCAAGGACCAUCGGAAGAGCUACUCAAACUAGCUCUCCAACGGCAUCUACCGAAGAAACCGGCGGGCGAGAAUAAGAAGGCCCAAGGGAACAAGAACGUGGAUAUCGAUGAGAUGGGCGAUAAGGUGGGCAAGAUCCAUGUCGGCCAGCAGGAGCUCGGCAAGCUUCAAAGCAGGAAGAUGAAAGGUCUCAAGAAAGAUAAACCGAGUAAGAAGAAAUCCGACCGUCAGAAAACUUCGGAUCACGACGGCAGUGAUGGGGAGAUCGAGAUGGAAGACGGGGCCCAGGAAGCGGAUGAAAUGGGCGCUAUCGUCGAGCUAGAGCAGUCCAAAGUGACCAGAAAAUGAAAAAAACACCUGUUGCAACUAACUUUUGCUUCUAUUUCAUUUUCUUCCUAUUGCAUCUCCAAUCCAACCUAUUAGUUUCAUGGCUUUGCUUCUAGUUGAUUUUCUUCCUUUGGCAUCUCCAAUCGCACGUCUUGGUACAAGAUUAUUUCUAUAAUCUGCACUUCUAUCGCCACCUCAGUUGUCCACUGCAGCCAUAUCUUCUUCUUCUUAUGUCCCCCUCUCAUUAGCACCCCCCCCCCACCUCUGAGGAAUUCCUUCAAUCCUCCUUGGAACCACAGUUCAAAAAAUGAUUCAAGUUCAUGACUAUUCUACAGGGAUGUAAGAACUACAGUGGUCACCAUUGAAAAAAAGGGAACUGAAUGAAACAGUGGAAGAGA